AUAACUUUCGAGAGUUUAAAAGUAAAAUUCAUAUAAUAUAGCAAUCAUUUUGAUAUUUUCAUUGCAUUUAUUAUUAGUUAUUUACUUUUUUGUAAACAUAAUGAGUUUAUUAAGUGCUGUUCUAUUGGAAGCUGACAAAGCUACUACAAAAGAUAUAAAAAAAUAUCUAGAUGAGCUAGUGCCGAAAUUAAAAGAUCUUACUGAAAGAGUGCAAAUGCUAUCCUGGUCACUACAACAAAAUUUCAUCGAUACAUACUUACAUUUUACCCCCACAAAAAGUUUGGAACAAUUAAAUUACAAAAACCGAAAAGCGAACAUACUUUCCGACUAUUCGAAAUUCAAACAAGAGGUCACAUUAUUUGAUGACAAGUUCGAGAAUAAAGAUACAGUAAUUGAAGAUUUUAACAAUAACCGUAAGAAAUUAGAAAAAUCAUUUAAUAAUUUCUACGAUCUUUGUAUUGUUGCUGAAGGGAAAUGGAUAUUAGAUAAAGGAAAUCAUGAAUUCGGUAGAUUUAAUUACACUGAAGCUAUACUAAGUAUCAAAGAAUUGCAAAGUAAAUUGCGCGACCUUAAAUUCGAAGGGAACGGAAACAAGGCACUAACUAAUUUAACUGCUCAAGCUGAGACCCAGUUAGCGAUAUACACAGCUCAGUUGAGCAUUGAAUGGGAAGAUAUAUUCACUUGGUCAGAAAAAAAGGGGGUAAAUUGUGUAAUAUAUUCACUUUCAGUACUACAGUGUGACCCACACCUAUUACAGAAAAUUUUAAAAUCCUUAUAUGUGACUGAGAGAAUGAAUGCAGAACUUGGUGAAUUUUCUCAUUUCUUUAUAGAUAAAUUGUUGCACAAUGUCAUCAAGUACAACUGUGAAAUAUUCACUGAAGACCCAAUUGGCGCAUUGGUGUUCAAUAUUAAGAUUGAUCUGAAUGAAAGAAAUAAACCAAACUUCCAAACAAUAUUUAACAAUUUAACGGCAAUAUUUGAGUUCCUCCAAUCAACUUUAGGUACUCAGAUGGAAGCUGAAAAAACUUUUAUCGAGGUAUUUGCUGAUUGUAUUCAAGAUCAAUUUUUCAAUAAAAUAAUUGACAACUGCAUUAGAAAUAAUUUGCCAUCAUGUGAUAGUAGCUAUGAAAAUUACAAAAAUAUUGUGAUAGAAUUGGAUUCAUUCAAUAAAUUCUUAAUUGAACUAAAAUUUGUUGAAGCAAGUGAAUCCCCGCUUAACAAAUUCAUAAAUGAUACUGAAUGCAUUUUAUAUAAUAAAAAAUGUGAUAAGUUGUUGUCUGAUGUUCGUACAAUGUUAAACAAUAGUCUAUCUCAUGGUACAAUGACUGUAGGUACUAAUAAUGAAAUUGAAAAUGUCUCUAUAUUAGAUGUUACACAAAAAGAGGUUGCAUAUGACCUACACAAUCCUCUCUUUUUGCCAAAAGGUGUGAUAUCUCAGAAUGUUAAACAAAUCAUGUCAUUGAUCGUGGAACAUUUAGAAGAAAGUGUGAAACUCCCAGAUAAGUAUAGCAAUCAAUUGGUUAUGUACAUAAAAGACAUAGCAGUCAUGUACCAAUGCAUAGUACCCAAGAAAUUUAAAGUCAAUUUAGAAUGCUGUCCUUUAGAUAUUGCUCUGUUUUUCAAUAACUGCUUUUACUUAGCACAUAGUCUUGUUGGUCCACCGUGGAAUAUCACCAUGCCAGCCCCGUUAGCUGAUCUCUUAAACACAACUCUUCUAGAAUGUAUACAAGACCUAAGAGUGCUGGGUUUAGAGAAAAUGUCCCUCUUCUUACAAUUUCAGAAAAAUGUUAUAACACAGAAAAUUGAAGCAAAUGAACUACCAUGGACAUAUGAAUCAUAUGAAACAUUUGAUUGUGCUGUUAACUAUGCCGUUACACUAAUGCAAGAGUUGAAAGCUAUGUGGUACAAUGUUCUUCCCAGCCGCAUGUAUGAGCUGUCCAUGUGCACACUUAUAUUAGCUUUAUGUCAAUCUAUGCUCGAUAGAAUAUUUGCUGACUGCAAACCUAUUUGUGAGGAUUUAGUGUACAUGCUGGCAGUGAGGUUUGAAGAUACAAUGUCGGAAGUUAUAACUUUAUUUGAGGGUCCCAUCAAGCUUGAAAACAAGAUCAACAUCUGGAACAAGUUCAUAAAGAUGCCACAGUUGUUAAAAGCGCAGAUGCUAGAAAUUGCUGAUCUUUGGCAUAAAGACAAGGAAUUGUCUCAGAGUUAUGCUUGCGAAGAUAUAAGGCUUAUUAUCAAAAUGAGGUUCCCUGAUGAUAAAUACAGACUAAAGAUAUUAAAAGAAAUACAAUAA